UGUCCGUUCCUUACCCGAAAGCAAGGUGCGGGAAAUGAUAGUAUCACGGGCCUGUGGAGGCCUAAAACAUGUUUAUGUUACAUUCAACGAGAGCCUCUGCGCUGCAGCUACUUUCCAUAUGAUUUGCAUGUUACAUAUGAUUUGUGGCUAGUGGAGUUUGCUGUGCGUCGCAGCAACUUCCCGCCGAGACGCUUCCGGUAGCAGCGCUUGACCGGACCAGAUUUUUCAAGUACUUCUGCUCCUGCAAGUUUCAGCAAGUUCGCCACUUCCGCUCCUCCGGCCAUCCAAUAGUACCCAAGACCCGGCGACCCCGGAAGUUACGUGAGCUCCGAGUGGCCUCUUUCCGGUUCCGGAGCGGAGGAGCCCUUGUGGAAACAUGAAGCUGCUCACCCACAAUCUACUGAGCUCACAUGUGCGGGGGGUGGGGCCUCGUGGCUUCCCCCUGCGCCUCCAGGCCACCGAAGUCCGAAUCAAUCCCGUGGAGUUCAACCCAGACUUCGUGGCGCGGAUGAUACCCAAGGUGGAGUGGGCGGCGCUUCUGGAGGCGGCUGACACCUUGCACCUGGUGGAGGUUCCAAAAGAGCCUACUGAGGGCUACAUGAACGACGAGACAUUUCUGAGAAAGAUGCAUCACGUGUUGCUGGAGGUGGACGUGCUGGAGGGCACCCUGCAAUGCCCCGAGUCAGGACGUGUGUUCCCCAUCAGCCGCGGGAUCCCCAACAUGCUGCUGAAUGAUGAGGAAACUGAGACUUAACCAUGUCCAGCACCAGUUUUACGUUUUGUGACCGUGUGUAUUUUUGUUAACAUAUUCUGUUUGCUAGUUCUACAGUGUGUAGUCCCAGCCCUUGACCCAAUGACACACUGACCACAGUGGUUUUGAGCUCCAUAGUAUAUCUUUUUUUUUUUUUUCUCAUUAAAGGUUCAAAACCAAAA